AUGGCUGGUACAACUACGAACAAAAUAGAGGUCGGAUUCAGGAACUAUCUCUUAUCUUUGAUUGGGUCGGAUUCAGGAGCUCUAUGUUCUAGCAAGGGCCAAGAGUAUGAUGAUCCCGGUGGAAGAUUGCGAUUCUUACAUUGUAAGGAGACAAGCAAGAUUGAGAUGUGGGAGAAGAUGAAGGACAAGGCAACUGCGAGCAAUAAUUUAAUGGGUUUGUGGAAAUAUACAGUGAGCAGUUGUAUGAAAAUCGAGGCCUGGUGGGAUAAUCUGAAGAAUGGAGGACAUGAGGGAGGAUUCUAUAAUCCGGGCACUUGUAGUGUCGGUCAUAUGGCCGUCUCGGGAGGGCGAUUGAACUAUGGGCAGAACUGUGUGAUAAACAAGAACCACUUAACCUGGGACAGUAGUGGGAAUAAGCGGGAGUUUUAUACCAAUAGACAGGAGGAUCGUAGUCUUAGUAUCUGUAGGGAUAUCAUUCUGCAAAUGAUGUAUUAUUUUGAGAUAGUGAAUACUGAUUCAUCAACACGGAGCAAGCUAAGUAACCCAAAUCCCUGCCAGGAUUUGUAUGAGAGUUUAGUGAGGUGGGGAGGGACCCAGGUGGCAGAGGCAAUAAUGACAGACUGGUUUAUAGGUGACAGCUCUGGUACCCCGGGGGGUAUUUCGCAAUCCUUGAAGGGGAUUGAUUUAUAUGAGGUCAUGACGGAGACCGUGUAUGGUGACGGCAGGGGAGAUAAGAGUAUAAGGUGUAGGUUGGCUGAAGGCCUUGAGUCUUCAGGAACCCAAGCGUCGCCUAAGUACAAGACUGAAUAUGACAAGGGGAUGGAAUUAUCAGAAUGUAGGGAAAGCUCGAACAAGUGUAGUGGCCUUGAGGAGAUUCUACAACUAGGCCAGAGCCCAGAUGAAGAAAUAUCCGGCGACAUCACCUCAACGGCCAGAAUCGCCCCAGAGAACGGCACGGGCGGCGACGGUACCGGGGUUUCACUCUCCGCCUCUGCGCCUUCCUAUUCCGGGAGCAGUUUCCUCAGCUCCGGAGACGAGGACUCCAAUAUAAAAAGGGCGCCGAAAACCCCUCCCAGCGUCUCAGGAGGCUCUGCUAGUAUAGGAUGGGCGGUUGGUGCCAGUGUUGGUAUCUUAUUGGGUUUAGUGAGCAGUGCUUAUGGAUAUUAUAGGGUAUUUUAUAUGAGAAGUCGUAGGAGAAAUCUGAUGCGUGCUCCCAGGCUUCACGGGGCGAGAAUUGCUUAUGCAUAG